AGAUUUGUGCUAUUUACUAACGAAAUUAUAUAAAUUGCACAAGACAGCUUAAAAAUUAAUUAUGAUAAAUCAUGAAUAUUGAUAGUGAAAAAAUGCUUGUUGUAAAUUCAAGUGCAAAUUUGUCGCAAGAAAGCCAAAGUUUCGCGGAAACCUGCAAUGUGUUAGACGGUCUAGAAAAUUUGGCAAAUGUCUGCCGAACAUGUGCAAAUGUAACAGAGUUUGUUAUACCCAUAUUCGUCGGUGAGGGUCUACACAAUAACUUGGCACAAAAAAUUCAGCAACAUCUUCCAAUAAAGAUAUCAGAGGAUGAUGUUCUGCCGCACGUGGUCUGCUACCAGUGUGCCAGCACUAUCCUCGCCUGGCACGACCUUGUGGAGUGUUGCCUCCAGGCUGACGUGACGCUGCAGCAGCGAAUAUCUUCACUUACUAAUGAAACAGAGCUGAAAAAAAAUUCAAACCAAAGAUUAGAGGAUAAUGAAGAAAGUUCUGCCAAAAAGUCCGACGAUAAGCGGGACGAUGUCGCGAGGCCGAUCUACCGGCUCGAACCCGCCCAGGCGGCGGCCCCCCCUCCGGUGCCCCCGCGGACCUGCACCUACUGCCGGGCGGAGUGCCCCGAGCCCCAACUCAAGGAGCAUCUGAUAUCGACGCACUCGGAGCUACUGUUCCGUUGCGACGAGUGCGACAGCUACGUCGACCGCCAGGACUUCGUCGAGCACAUGUCGCAGCACGCCGUCGAGUACGCCGCCGACGCCGCGGGGCCGCUCGAUGACGCGGGGGAGACCCGCCCAGCCGACGUGCCCGGGGACCCCGGGGGACGGGGGGGCGACCGCACGGGAGACGGGGUCGAAAAUGAGGACGGAGAAGCGACGGGACAGGAGAGAGACGGGGGCGCCUCGGUGAACGAAGACGACUUCUCGGACCGCAGCGACGCGGAGUACUUCGGCGAGCUGCCCGACUCCGUGUUCGAGGCCAUCGAGGACUCGCAGGACACGCACGCGGCCGACGACGGCGACCGCCUCUCGCGGACCGACGCCGCGACCCCCACCGUCCCCGUGGCGCCGCUCGCGGGACCCCCCGUCGACGGGAGGAAAACGAAAAAGGAGCGGGCGUGCCCCGUCUGCUCGAAGGUGUACACCGCCAGCUCCAGCUACUUCUACCACCUGAAACACGCGCACGGCGCCGGCCAGCAGCACGAGUGCGACGUCUGCGGGAGGAGGUUCAGCGCCAAGCCGACGCUGGCGCAGCACCUGCUCAUCCAUGCGGCGGAGCGGCCGUACGCGUGCGCGCAGUGCGGCAAGACGUUCCGCGCGCGCGCCGCUCUCUACGUGCACGAGCAGACGCACGGCGGGCGCAGGACGCACGCGUGCGGGGAGUGCGGGCGCUCGUUCCGCUGGCGCGCGCACCUCGAGCGGCACCGGCGGCGGCACGAGGGCGGGCGCGAGCACGCGUGCGACGUCUGCGGGCGGACAUUCAACGUGCGCGCUGACCUGCUGCGGCACGCGCGCACGCACGCGGCGGCCGCGCUGCCGUGCCCGCACUGCGAGCUGCGGUUCGCGCAGCCCCGCUACCUGCGCGCGCACCUCAACAACAAGCACGCCGCCGAGGGAGGAGUCGUGAAAUGAAAUACAUUGCUUUU